GAUGUCAGUAUUGUAUGUUGUAGCAAUUUUCCAUUUUCAAUUUAUAUUAUUUCUUUGCUGCAGUUUUAUAAUAUACUAAUAAAAUGGGCAAUACAUUUCAAAAAAUGUUUAGUAGCGAUCCAUUUCCACCAUCAGAUUCGGAGCCGACAUUUGAUCCGAUGUACGGAUUUCCUAAGGAGCGCAAAGAGAGGGUUAUGCCUGUAUCAGAAGAAGAUUUGAUAGCUGCCAAGGUUCCUGUAGAAUAUAGAGAUUAUUGUGCUCAUAUUUUUUUGGAAUAUAAACGUUGCUUUAUAAAAAAGUUUCCUUUUGUAAUACUUUGUGCUGAGGAAGCUCACAAGUAUAAGGAAUGUGAAUAUGAUGACGAUGUUUUAAGGGCCAAAGAAUAUGAAAGAGAACGUAGACUUCUGGUCAGAGAACGCAGGAAACAGAGGGCUAUGGAAGCAGUAACAGCUUAAACUCCACAUUCACUGAACAUUGUUUACAUUUAGAUUAUACAUAUGUGAAUAUAGAUGAUAUAUACAUGAAAUUUGCUUAUAGAAGAGUGAUUAUAAUAAAAAAUUUAAUGUAUAAAUUGAUAAACAAAAA